ACCGCCAACAUGGCACAAGUGCUGCCGGCGAAGCGCUCCCGAGGGUUCACAGGACCCAUACAACCGCGAAAGAAACGUCCGCGCGUUUCCGUAGAGCCCAGCGAGUCGGACGAUUCCUCCCGCUCUUCUCCGGUCGAGAAUACCCAAGACGUAACCGCCGAUGACGAAGAGGAUGAGGCCGCAUACAUUCGAGCAACCCAGAUUGUGCAGAAAAGUCUGAAAAGGAGUCAGAAUAAAAAGAAUGUACCGGCCGAAGCGGGGAUUAUUGAAGAGGUCCGAUGUACGAAUUUCAUGUGCCAUGAACAACUCACAGUUCCUCUCGGUCCAUUGAUCAACUUCAUCAUCGGACAUAAUGGGAGUGGAAAAAGUGCGGUGCUGACAGCGCUCACGAUAUGUCUUGGGGGCAAAGCUAGUGCGACCAAUCGUGGACAGAAUCUUAAAAGCUUCAUCAAAGCCGGACGCGAAUAUUGCAAUCUUGCUGUGAAGAUUAAGAACCGGGGCGCUUUUGCGUACAGGCCAGAAGUUUACGGUGAUUCGAUUAUUGUCGAGCGGCACUUCAACUUGGCCGGCACAUCGGGGUUCAAAUUGAAAGACAGGAGCGGCAAGAUAGUGUCUGUGAAGAAGGCUGACGUCGAAGAUGUCAUUGAUGCAUUUGCUAUGCAGCUUGACAAUCCCAUGAAUGUUCUUACUCAGGACAUGGCCCGGCAGUUCUUGAAUGACUCUAAUGCCCGGGACAAGUACAGAUUUUUUCUAAAAGGCACGCAGCUUGAGGCACUUGACAAUGAUUAUAGGCAGAUAGCUGCAGAGCUGGAGGAACAGGAAGCCAAAGCUCAAGAAUACAAAGGCCAUGUAGAAAUUUACCAGAAGAGGUACGAGGAAGCUGUCGCAAAGGCCAGAAAUGCGGAAAAUAUCAAACGAAUGAAAAAGAAAGAACAAGGUCUCGCCUACCAAGCGGCAUGGGCGCAAGUGCAGGCUGAGGAGGGGGAACUGAAGACGAUGGACUCCGAGAUCGAACGUAUCGGCUCUUUGAUUGAAAACAGAAAGAGCAAGGCAGAUACAGAAUCCGCCAACUAUGCGCGCUGUAACGAAGCACUGGAGGACGCAAAAGAAGAGAUCCAGCGAUGCGACGCUGAAAUGCAACCAACACAGGACGAUAUCAAGGAGAAGAAAGAAAAGUGGGGUGAAGUCAAAGCCCGCGUCUUCCGUCUCAAGGGAGAUGAACGAAAAAUUAUAAGCGGUAUCUCUGCCAGUACAAAGACAGUAGCACUAUCUCAGUCGAGAAUUGAUGAACAGAAAGAGCUGCAGGCACAAGCAGACAAUGGCAUACAUGCCCAAAAGCUGCAGGAGUACGAAGAAGCAAAAGCCAUGUAUGAACAGCGAAAGUCCGAGUGGGAAAUUCAUGGUGAAGGCGUACACGAUCUCGCCCAGGAGCUUGCUCAAGCAAAAAGCAAUAAGGCUGAGACGGAUACAAAGACCUCGAAAAAGCGCGGUGAAGAGAAGGCUUCGGACACGAAAAUUCGUGAGUUGAAGCAAGUGAACCGCAGCUGGAUCGAUUCAUAUCGAGAUCCCAAAACCCUCGCCUAUGUUUUGCGCGAGAUUGAAGCGGAAACCAGAUUCAAGACACGUCCGGUGGGACCAAUCGGUCGUCACGUGGAACUCCUCAAACCUCAAUGGGGCAGUAUCCUAGAAAAAUCGUUUGGCCCUGCCCUAGAAGCAUUCGUGGUGACUAAUAAAGCCGACCAAAGCCUUCUCUCUGCUAUCAUGAAGCGAGCGAAUCACCAGGCGCCCAUCUAUAUUCCCAGCAGUACGACACCCAUCGAUACAUCAGGGCAGGAACCCGACAGCGAACUUCUGACAUGGAUGCGAGCGCUCAAGAUCAACAACGACCUGGUCCGAAACCAGUUGAUCAUCAACCUGAAGAUCGAGAAGAUAGUCUUGAUUGAAAAACGACUAGAAGCACAAGAGUUCAUGGAUAGGCCCGCGUUCGAGCGGAAAAACGUAGCCGUGUGUUUCUCCAUGUCGGAUAUGAGCCGCAGAAUGGGCCAUUCAUUCACCACGAAUGAGAGUGGCACCACCAGCACCUUCAGCUAUAUUGACGAGUAUAAAGGGCAGUUCCGCAUGCAAGCGGACAAGGGACCGCAAAUACAAGACGAAGAGGAAAACCUUGCAUCCAUCCGGAGAGAAAUACAAACUCUCCAGGCCGAUGCGCGAGACAAGCUACAACAUGUAAAUGACUGUCAGGCUAGUUUAGCCGAGCACGCGAAGGAGAAAAAAACCUUGAAAGUGAAGAUGGAUCGGGCUCAAGAUGACAUGACGAGGUUGGAAGGAGAAGUUGCUGCAUCGAUCCCCGAUGCCGCAAUGGUGGAGCAGUUGGAGGUCGAGCUGAAAGAGGCGCAAGCGAACUUGGAAGCUGACGAGAGGCAAUACGAGGACCUUACCACUGCGCUUGAUGAGGCAAACACAGAGUCGCGUACACACAAGACAGAGGUGGAUAGGCUGAGCCGUGUUCUCGAUGAAGUUCAGUAUCGAUCAGAGCAAGUCAAGGCAAGACUGGCGACGCUGUCGCAGAAAAGAGAUGAAGCCUUGCGAGCGAAGAAUAAAGCCCUAGACGAGGUCCAAGCAGCCGAGACCAACAAGACGGAGUGGGAAAACAAACGCGCAGCUCAACAACUUCAACUCGACGACUACCUGAAGAGUGCUACCGAGAUCUCGCCACGCGUAGAGGUACCGGAAGGGCAGACAUUCGCCUCGCUCUUGAAAAAAUUGGAGGUACUACAGAAAGAACGGGUGCGUGCCGAAAAACAACUUGGUGGCUCGGAGCAGGAACUCUACGAGAAGGCAGUCGAGGCUCAGAAGGCAUGGCACGAGGCUAAGAAGAGUAUCAACAGCGCCCAAGCCGUGCAAGACAAACUGAAACAAGCGUUGGUAACGCGCAAAAGGCGGUGGUUGGAGUUCCGUCAGAGGAUCACGACUCGAGCGCGCAUCAUUUUCAACUAUCUUCUCAGCGAGCGACAGUUCCGUGGCAGCCUCAACGUGGAUCAUGCAAACCAACGGCUUGACAUUGAGGUGCAACCGGAUAUCACGGUGCAGAGUGCAGCAGGACGUCAAACCAAGACACUGUCGGGCGGCGAAAAGUCAUUCUCGACCAUCUGCUUACUUCUCGCGCUUUGGGACGCCAUGGGCUCUCCGAUCCGAUGCUUGGACGAAUUUGACGUAUUCAUGGACUCUGUCAAUCGCGACGUGAGCAUGACUCUGAUCAUUGGAGCAGCACGACGAGCAGUGGGAAGGCAGUACAUUCUGAUUACGCCUCAAUCAAUGAACAACAGAAAGGUGCACAGUAUGGACGACGUGAAGAUUAUCCGCAUGGAAGAUCCGGAACGAGGACAGACAGCGCUCAAAUUGGGAUGA